AUUUGGCAUUAAUUGUCAACUCGCCGCCGAGCGCCGGCUUCAAGUUGCCUACCAAUCUCCGGCGAUCUCAGAUGGUUUUGAGGUCGACGGUAUAAAUUGAAGUUAGGGCAAAGAUGAAGCGUUGUGUAUAUAUAAAUGACGAUGAUUUAUCGCAUGAUAUUUACUGUGAUAAUCGUAUAUCUAAUCGGAAGUACACAGUUUGGAAUUUUCUUCCCAAGAAUCUAUGGGAACAGUUCAGCCGGUUCAUGAAUCAGUACUUUUUGUUGAUUGCUUGCCUUCAACUAUGGUCACUUAUUACCCCUGUAAAUCCUGCAAGCACAUGGGGCCCACUUAUUUUAAUAUUUGCGGUUUCAGCUACAAAAGAGGCAUGGGAUGAUUACAAUCGGUAUCUCUCAGACAAGAAGGCAAAUGAGAAAGAAGUGUGGGCUGUCAGGCAUGGUGUUAAAAAACAUAUCCAAGCACAGGACAUUCAUGUGGGUAACAUGGUCUGGCUUCGAGAGAAUGACGAAGUGCCAUGUGAUCUUGUACUUAUUGGUACCUCUGAUCCACAAGGUCUUUGCUAUGUCGAGACCGCUGCCCUUGAUGGUGAAACCGACCUUAAGACAAGGGUGAUACCCUCUGCCUGCAUGGGAAUAGAUUUUGAUCUACUGCACAAAGUUAAGGGUCUAAUCGAGUGUCCUGAACCAGAUAAAGACAUUAGAAGAUUUGAUGCAAAUUUACGCUUGUUUCCUCCAUUUCUUGAUAAUGAUGUAUGCCCUAUAACCAUAAAAAAUACACUCCUGCAGUCGUGCUACUUGAGAAACACAGAGUGGGCCUGUGGUGUUGCUGUAUACACAGGCAAUGAAACCAAACUGGGCAUGACCCGUGGUGUACCUGAACCAAAGCUUACAGCAGUGGAUGCUAUGAUUGAUAAGUUGACUGGAGCUAUAUUUGUUUUUCAGCUAGUAGUUGUCAUGGUCCUAGGUGUUGCUGGAAAUAUCUGGAAGGAUACAGAAGCAAGGAAGCUGUGGUAUGUGGAAUAUCCAACCGAAGGCCCGUGGUAUGAACUACUGGUGAUUCCUCUACGAUUUGAGCUUCUUUGUUCCAUUAUGAUUCCCAUAUCUAUAAAGGUCUCCCUAGAUCUUGUGAAGGGCUUGUAUGCAAAGUUCAUUGACUGGGACAAUAAGAUGGUUGAUCAGGAGACUAGUACCCCGGCACAUGCUGCUAACACAGCAAUCAGUGAGGAUUUAGGGCAAGUUGAGUAUAUAUUGACAGAUAAAACGGGAACCCUUACAGAGAAUCAAAUGAUUUUUAAAAGAUGUUGUAUUUCUGGAACUUUCUAUGGGAACGAAAUUGGAGAUGCUUUGAAAGAUGAGGAUUUGGUUAACGCUGUUGCCACACGUUCUCCUGAUGUAAUUCACUUUCUAACGGUUAUGGCAAUAUGUAACACAGUGGUUCCUAUACAGCGCCAAAAUGGAACAAUCUUGUAUAAGGCUCAGUCCCAAGAUGAGGAAGCUCUUGUGCAUGCAGCAGCUGGCUUGCAUAUGGUUUUUGUCAAGAAGAAUGGGAAUGUUCUUGACAUCAAUUUUAAUGCUUCUGUUAUCCAAUACGAAGUGUUGGAUACUCUGGAGUUUACUUCUGAUAGGAAAAGAAUGUCUGUAGUGGUAAAGGACUGCCAAUCUGGAAAACUAUUCCUUCUGUCUAAAGGAGCAGAUGAAGCAAUCCUUCCUUGUGCAUCUACUGGACAACAAACAAGGACCUUUUCUGAAGCUGUUGAACAAUAUUCUCAACUUGGUCUGAGGACAUUAUGCUUAGCAUGGCGUGAAUUGGAGGAAGAUGAAUACCAAGAAUGGUCUCUGAUGUUUAAAGAGGCUAAUAGUGCAUUGGUCGAUAGAGAUUGGAGGAUUGCUGAGGUCUGUCAAAGAUUAGAACAUCACCUUCAGAUUCUUGGAGUUGCUGCAAUUGAGGACCGUCUUCAGGAUGGUGUUCCAGAAACAAUUGAAACACUUAGAAAAGCUGGAAUAAACUUCUGGAUGCUAACUGGAGACAAGCAAAAUACUGCAAUACAGAUUGCUCUUUCAUGCAAUUUUGUUUCUCCAGAGCCGAAGGGCCAGCUUCUGUUAAUUAAUGGGAAAACUGGAGAUGAAGUACGUCAAAGUCUGGAGAGAGUUCUACUAACAAUGAGAAUAACAAGUUCGGAACCCAAGGAUGUCGCUUUUGUCAUUGAUGGUUGGGCUCUUGAAAUUGCUCUGAAGCAUCAUCAUAAAGCAUUCAUGGAACUGGCUUUGUUGUCCAAGACAGCUAUAUGCUGUCGUGUCACUCCUUCUCAAAAAGCUCAGCUUGUAGAACUACUAAAAUCAUGUGAGUAUCGAACAUUGGCAAUUGGAGAUGGUGGAAAUGAUGUCAGGAUGAUACAACAAGCUCAUAUUGGGGUAGGCAUAAGUGGCAGAGAAGGAUUGCAGGCAGCUAGGGCAGCUGAUUAUAGUAUUGGAAAAUUUAGGUUUUUGAAAAGGCUUAUACUGGUCCAUGGGCGCUAUUCAUAUAAUCGUACAGCAUUUCUUUCUCAGUAUUCAUUCUAUAAAUCUCUACUCAUAUGUUUCAUCCAGAUCUUUUUCUCUUUGAUUUCAGGUGUCUCCGGAACCAGCCUAUUUAAUUCUGUUAGCUUAAUGGCUUAUAAUGUUUUCUACACCAGUGUCCCUGUAUUAGUAAAUGUUCUUGACAAAGAUCUUAGUGAGAGAACUGUCAUGCAGCAUCCUCAGAUAUUGUUCUACUGCCAAGCAGGAAGGCUUCUCAAUCCUAGCACAUUCGCUGGAUGGUUUGGUCGGUCCCUUUUUCAUGCAAUUGUUGUCUUUGUCAUCAGCAUACAUUCGUAUGCUUUUGAGAAAAGUGAGAUGGAGGAGCUUUCGAUGGUUGUUCUAUCUGGAUGUAUUUGGUUGCAAGCGUUUGUUGUUGCACUAGAAACCAAUUCCUUCACAAUAUUGCAACAUCUUGCAAUUUGGGGAAAUUUGGUUGCAUUUUAUGUGAUCAACUGGAUCGUCAGUGCUCUGCCAUCAUCGGGGAUGUAUACAAUAAUGUUUCGCCUUUGUAGGCAGCCGUCUUACUGGAUUACUAUGUUUCUAAUUGUGGUGGCUGGUAUGGGUCCUGUGCUGGCUCUAAAGUACUUUAGAUAUACAUACCGACCUAGUAAAAUUAACAUACUUCGACAAGCUGAACGAUUGGGAGGUCCCAUCUUGUCUUUGGGAAACAUAGAGCCGCAGUCUAGAGCCUUUGAGAAAGAAGUUUCACCUUUGUCAAUCUCCCAACCCAAGAGUCGGAGUCCCGUAUAUGAACCACUGCUAUCAGAUUCCCCAAAUGCGAUAAGGCGGUCUUUUGGACCUGGUGCCCCCUUCGAUUUCUUUCAGUCACAAUCACGGUUGUCUUCCAGUUAUGCAAGAAAUUGUAAGGAUAACUGAUAUUCCUAAACAAGAAACAGAAGUAGGUGAAUGAGUUGUACAAUAGAGACCUUUAGCUGGUAUUUGUUUUUGGAUUAGCCAGUGGUGUAUGUUGUAAUCGACCAUAGUUAUGGUAGCAAUUUUGUUUGUUGUAAAUUGUAAUUGUUGAGAGUUAUCACAGUUAGUAGGUUCGAUGGUUCGCUUUUUUUGGAGCCUAAAAAUGGCUGUCACCUCCAGGAAUGAAGGAGGGAUAUGCAUAUCACUGGCGAGUCAUGUACUCAUGUUGAUUCUAAAAAAGGAGCAAGUCUAGAAAUGAUGAAUGGAUGCUCUCUGGAGCAGUCAAUGCAUGAUAGCUAAAGUCCUUGGAUCACAGACUAGACAAUUGUCUGUACUGACUGCAUCAAAAUCUUCAUAUCUAUAUAUAAAAUUGUAGUUUUUGCCUCCA